UCACAGCGAUGUGUUGAUGUGCAGCCAGCCGAAGCUUCAGUGUCACGUUUUGGGCUGACUGUGUUCUGGCGCCGGUUAAAGACAUGAAACCAACAGAUGCUUCAACCACAAACACACAGAGACCUUCUCCUGCUGCACAACUCCCCCCGCAGACACAGAGACCUUCUCCUGCUGCACAACUCCCCCCGCAGACACAGAGACCUUCUCCUGCUGCACAACUCCCCCCGCAGACACAGAGGGGAUCCCCUCAGACCUCAGAUGGAGAUGGAGGAUCUGAGCGACUACAGCGUUUACAGCCAGCUGACAGACGAGGAGCUGCUGCAGCUUGCUGUGGAGAGAAGCCUGUCAGACCAUCAGAUGACAUCAUCAUCUUCAGCUUCAGACCCCCCCCACAGACCCGACCCCCUCACAUCUCGAGACAACCCAAACUGCGACCCGUUUAUUGACCUCUACAAAGCCCUCCGCAGAGGAGAGGAGGUGAGUCCUGUGCAAGCGGUGAUUAUGGACGGAGAUGUGGCGGCUCUGAUGGAUUUGGUUGGCCGGCGGUGCAGCAGUCUGAUGGAGCCCAACCAUGAUGGCUGGAUCGCUCUGCAUGAUGCCGCUUAUUACGGACAGCUGCACUGUGUCGCCAUCCUCCUCAAAGCUUAUCCCAACUCGGUGAACUCCUGGAGUUUGAUGAAUCAGACCGCUCUGCAGCUGGCUGCUGGUCGAGGACACGUUUCCUGUGUCGACUUCCUGCUGAAGCACGGAGCCGACCCAAACAUCGCCAACAAGGACCGAGAGACGCCGCUACUGGCAGCAUGUGAGCAGCCCAACCAAGCCAUUGUGGAGCUGCUGUUGAAGUUCGGAGCUCAGGUGAAUCGCUGCAACGUUCAGGGAGAAACUUGUCUUCACGUCGCAUGCAGACACGGACAACUGAACCUCUGCAGGACGUUACUGGAGGCCGGAGCCGAUCUGAACCGCAAGAACAUCUACGGCCUGCAGCCCAUCUUCACCGCCGCGCAGCACGGACACGUCGACCUCAUCAACCUGUUCGCCAGCAAAGGUGCAGAUAUAAAUGGACAGGCACCAGACGGAGCCUCGCCGCUGUUCGAAGCCUGUAAGAACGGUCAUAUUUCGGCGGUGGAAGCUCUGUUGUCUCUGAAAGCGGACGCUAACCGAGCCAUGAAGUCUGGCCUGCUGCCUCUUCAUGCAGCUGUUCAAAACAACCACUCACGGAUUGUGUCGAUGCUGAUCCCUCUCACCAGCAUGGUGCGAGUGCGGCACUGUGGCAUCAGCCCGCUGCACCUUGCCGCGGAGCACAACCGGGACGAGAUCCUGGCGCUGCUGAUCCAGGCCGGCUUCGACGUGAACAGCCGGCUGUCGUCCGACCGCUCAGCGAUGUUCGAGGACCGCCGCAGCACGGCGCUCUACUUCUCUGUGAUCAACGGGAACCUGGAGGCCACCGAGAUGCUGCUGGCAGCCGGCGCUGACCCAGACCUAGACGUGUUCAACCCGCUGCUGAUCGCCGUGCGGUUCUGCUGGAUGGAGAUGGCGGCGCUGCUGCUGCACUACGGCGCCAACGCCAACGCCCAGAUCGCCACGGAGCCCUGUGCCUUCCCGGCGGCCAUCUUGCUCCGGAUGGAGUCCCUGCCGAUGCUCAAGCUGCUGCUGGACCACGGCUGUGACGCCGCGACGUGCUUCGACUGUCCGCACGGCGGGAAAACGCACCCACCCAUCACUCCGGCAUGGCGGCCCGCCGAAGAGAUGCGCGCCAGCAGAGUCACUCCGCCACGGCAAUGCAUUCAGUUCUGUGAGGCGGUAUCCGGUAGCCGCAGCGCCGGGCCGAUCAUCUCGCUGCUGCUGGAGUACGUCGGCCACAUCCAUCUCUGCUCGCGGCUGCUGGACGUCCUGGACCGCCGCAGCGACUGGAAGCCCAUCAAACGCAAAGCUCUUCCUCCUCAUCCUCUGAUGCAGCUCUGCAGGCUGAAGAUCAGACAUCAAGUUGGAGUUCGAAAACUCAAACUGCUCCACACUCUGCCACUUCCUGUCACUCUGGUCCGCUUCCUGCACUACGACGUCCAAUGUUCACUCUUCUAAACUCUCCUGAACUCUCCUGAACUCUCCUGGACUCUCCUGGACUCUCAUAAACUCUCAUAAACUCUCAUAAACUCUCCUGAACUCUCCUGAACUCUCCUAAACUCUCCUGAACCCUCCUAAACUCUCCUGGACUCUCCUGAACUCUCCUGAACUCUCCUGGACUCUCCUAAACUCUCCUGGACUCUCCUGAACUCUCCUAAACUCUCCUGGACUCUCCUGAACUCUCCUGAACUCUCCUAAAUACCGGACUGCUGUUGUUAAUGGCUAACGUAGACAUUUUGCCCAAUAAAUAAUUUAUUUGUUUAUU